UUUGUAGUAUUUGUCCAACUAAUAAAAUCCAUCCAUCUUCCAAGCUCCGAGAUGACUUAAAACUCUUAAAAAAUAUUAUCCCACUAAAGUUGAACGCGACUUUAGGUUUACAUAUCGUCAAUCAUUGAACACACCCUAUCGAUAAUUCUCUAUUUGCACCAGAUUGUAUAUUUUGUGAUCUACUAAGCCGGUUAUUGUAAAAAACAGAAUAUAUUGAAUAUAUUUUACAAAUAUGACUGCAUUUGAAGAAUUUGGUGUUUUACCAGAAAUCGCCAAGGCGAUAGAAGACAUGGAGUGGACUCUACCAACAGAUGUACAAGCUGAAGCAAUACCACUCAUUCUUGGAGGUGGUGAUGUGCUGAUGGCUGCCGAAACUGGUUCCGGCAAAACUGGCGCAUUUUGCUUACCCAUUUUGCAAAUUGUCUGGGAAACAUUGCGGGACCUUGAAGAAGGAAAAGUUAGCAAGUCUGCGGGAGCGGGUGGGAGUAUUGCACCAUGGACGAUGUCGUUCUUUGAUCGUGGUUCAGCACUCGCAGUAACACCAGAUGGUUUGCGUUGUCAAUCGCGCGAGUUCAAAGAAUGGCACGGAUGUCGCGCAACGACUGGUGUACGUGGCAAAGGACAAUUUUAUUUUGAAGCGAUCGUCACAGACGAAGGCCUAUGUCGUGUGGGUUGGUCUACGCAACAGGCGAAUUUGGAUCUUGGUACUUGUCGUAAUGGCUAUGGAUUUGGUGGUACGGGAAAAAAGUCCAACAAUCGUCAAUUCGAUGAUUACGGCGAAGCCUUUGGCAAAAAUGAUGUAAUUGGUUGUUACCUUGACCUACAACAAAUGGAAGUAUCUUUUGCCAAAAAUGGCAAACCUUUAGGAUUAGCAUUUCGUAUACCAGAAAAUCAACGCAAUGAAACAUUUUACCCAGCUGUUGUUUUAAAAAAUGCUGAAAUGCAAUUCAAUUUUGGAAAGACCGAAUUUAAGUAUCCACCUAAAGCAGGAUUUAUUGCUGUAUCUAAUGCUGGUGCAGGCCACUUCCAACCAAAUCCGCUUGCCAGCCCUGCAACCAAUGCUGCAGCUAGCAAACCAGCGCCAAACGCACCACAGGCAAUCAUUAUUGAGCCCAGUCGUGAAUUAGCCGAACAGACGUACAAUCAAAUUGAGAAGUUUAGAGUGCAUUUAAGCAAUCCAAAUGUGCGUUCGCUUCUGCUAAUAGGUGGAGUUAAAUUGGAGCAGCAGAAAAGUGCGCUACAGCAAGGUGUCCAUAUUGUGGUGGGUACACCUGGUCGUCUCGAGGAGAUGAUAAGCAGUGGUUUUGUACAGUUAACGCAUUGCAGAUUUUUUGUAUUGGACGAAGCUGAUGCUCUACUCAAACAGGGUUAUACCGAUUUGAUUGAUCGUUUACAUAAGCAAAUUCCGAAAAUAACAUCCGAUGGUCGUCGCUUACAAAUGGUUGUCUGCUCAGCUACGUUACAUGCAUUCGAAGUGAAAAAAAUGGCCGAUCGCUUAAUGCACUUCCCCACUUGGGUAGAUCUUAAGGGUGAAGAUGCAGUGCCGGAGACAGUACAUCAUGUUGUUUGCAUGGUUGAUCCACAAAAGGAUACAACCUGGCACAAUCUUAGACAACACAUACGUACCGAUGGUGUACACAGUCGCGAUAAUGUCAGUCCUCAGAAUCAAACACCAGAAACAUUCUCGGAGGCAAUUAAACUGCUUAAGGGCGAAUAUUGUAUAGCUGCCAUUGAGCAACAUAAGAUGGAUAGAGCCAUUAUAUUUUGCCGCACAAAAUUAGACUGUGACAAUUUGGAAAACUACUUUAAAUCACGUGGAGGUCAACGUUAUUCAUGUGUUUGUCUGCAUGGCGAUCGAAGACCACAAGAACGCAAACAAAAUUUGGAAAUGUUUAAGUGUGAACAAGUGAAAUUUCUGAUUUGCACCGAUGUGGCAGCGAGAGGCUUGGACAUAACGGGCUUGCCUUUCAUGAUUAAUGUGACUUUGCCCGACGAAAAGUCAAAUUAUGUGCAUCGUAUUGGUCGUGUUGGACGUGCCGAACGUAUGGGUUUGGCCAUUAGUUUAGUAUCUUCGGUGCCAGAAAAGGUCUGGUACCACGGAGAAUGGUGUGCAUCAAGGGGCCGAAAUUGUCAAAAUACAAAUCUGACUGAUGUGCGCGGUUGCUGUAUUUGGUAUAAUGAAAUGAAUUUAUUAGCCGAUAUUGAGGAUCAUCUCAAUGUAACGAUUCAACAAGUUGAUAAAUCUUUAGCAGUACCCGUAAAUGAUUUCGAUGGCAAAGUUGUGUAUGGUCAAAAGAAUAUAAACACCGGUACUGGUUAUAAGGAUCAUGUGCAACAAUUGGUGCCAGUUGUGCGAAAAUUAACUGAUCUUGAAUUACAGUCACAAUCUUUAUUCUUGAAGCGUUUAAAAGUUUAAAUAUAUAUGUAUAUUAAUUAUGUAUGUGUAUAUGGAACAUCAUUUUAUCAACAUAUUUUAUUGAAAGAAGCGCUUACGAUUACUAAACAA